AUGCGUGCCGCCACCGCUCUUGCUGCCGUUCUCCCCAUCCUCGGGGCCUCUGCCCGCCUCGUCGGCGUCAAAGUUCCCUCGACCAUUGCUCCUGGCGACACCUUCACCGCCAUCAUGAUCAACGAGAUCUACAUCCAGUCCGUCUACGACGUCGCCGUCGCCUUCGGCGUCGACAUCCCCCCUGGACACGAAGGCUCCAUCGGUCAAGUCAUCGGCUCUACCUACCUGGGCCCCGCGCUGUCGAACCAACGCCAGAACCUCAACCUGACCCUCACCAUGCCCGAAUCCGUCCAGAAGGGCUCCGACAAGAUCUUCUACGCCGCCCUGUACAGCUUGUACGGCGCCAGCUCUAUGCCGACCAUCUCGACCUUCAACGUCACCACCUGCAUUGGAGAUGUUACUUCUGAGGACUAUGUCAGCAGCCUGUAG